GAUUGUCAGAAAUGAGUAUCGAAAAUCAAAAUUCCUUCAUGGCAAUAAGGAGCAAGCGAGUUAGCUAAUGUCGUAGAUGGCGGGAGUGAUCUCGUGUGAUAUAACUGUGUUAGCUUAGUUUUUAAAUUUUUAGUGUAAAAAUAGUUAUUAAAAUGACUAGAGCUAAAAUAGAACUUGGCGACGUGACACCCCACAAUAUCAAGCAACUAAAGAAGCUGAACACAGUCGUGUUUCCAGUAUCCUACAAUGACAAAUUCUACAAAGAUGUUUUAGAGGCCGGAGAGUUGGCGAAGCUAGCUUAUUACAAUGAUAUCGUAGUGGGAGCCGUCUGUUGUAGGAUAGACACUACGGAGAACUCCAGAAGAUUGUACAUAAUGACCCUGGGAUGUUUAUAUCCGUACAGAAGACUAGGCAUAGGUACUUUGAUGGUCGAACAUGUGCUCAAAUAUGUGGAACAGGAUGGUAACUUUGAUAGCAUUUUCUUACAUGUUCAAGUAAAUAAUGAAGGGGCUAUUGACUUCUAUAAAAAGUUUGGCUUUGAAAUUGUAGAAACAAAAGAGCAUUACUACAAAAGAAUAGAACCUGCUGAUGCCCAUGUAUUACAAAAAACAAUCAGAGAACCACAGACAACUGCUCCACUAGUUAAUGGAUCUGUGCCUCAUGCCAAGACUAAUGGACUUGAAGUUGAUUGAAUGCGGGAACAUUUUAUAUCCAAGUCCUAUGCAGAUAUCAUGGUGAAAAAAAGUGAUAAGACAUAAGUUAUAAGGAUUGUAUACAAGUCAAUGUUUAUCUCAACUGAAUGGAAAUUAAGUUAUCUGUAAAGAACAGGUUAAUCAUAGGUUGUGGUUGUGGAUAUAUGAUGCCAUAGAGUUCACGGACUGUAAUCUCAUCAACUUCAAGACCUGCUUUGUAUAAAUAUGAUGUGCUCACGUUGAUGAAAGAACUAUUACAAUGGAAUUUUUUAAUACAUGCUUUGUAUGGCAUAAUAAUCUAGUAAUAUCUUUAACUCUCUGAAUUUUUAGUAACAUAGAAUUUGUAAGAAUUAGGAUGUGGAUAAAUAUGAUAUACCAAGAAUAUUUAGUUCUAGACAUUUUUUUAACUACACUU